AUGGCGACGAUCAAUCCUUUUGAUUUAUUGGAUGAUGACGCCGAGGAUCCCUCUCUCAUCGCUGCCCAAAAGCCGGUGGUUUCCCCUCCCGCCGCCGGUAAGAAAGGUCCAGCUCAGACUCAACUCAAACCUGCUCCAGCUGCUAAGCUCCCUUCAAAGCCUCUUCCUCCUUCACAGGCUGUGAGGGAAGGGAAGAAUGAAGGUGGGAGAGGAGGUGGUGGUGGUGGAGGACGAGGAUAUGGGCGGGGUCGUGGGGGAUAUAGUAGGGAUUUCAGCAGCAAUGAGAGUUCAUUUGGUAACUCAGGAGCACCAGCUGUUCAAGGUACUGCUGAAGAUGGAGAUACUGGAAAGACUUCUGAAAGGCGUGGAUACAGUGGACCUCGUGGUGGUGGUUUCCGUGGUGGCCGUCAUGGGGGUUUUGCGGAUGGAGAAGUUGGCGAAGGAGAGCGUCCUCGUCGGAUUUAUGAACGUCGGAGUGGGACUGGACGUGGAAAUGAGAUGAAGCGUGAAGGCUUUGGUCGUGGGAACUGGGGAACUCAGACUGAUGAACUUGCUCAGGUAUCUGAGGAAGUUGCCAAUGAAGGGGAGAAGAAUUUGGGUGAUGAGAAGCCUGUGGAGGAAGCAGCAGUAGAUGGGAACAAGGAGAACCCUGAUAAUGAACCUGAAGAAAAAGAACCAGAGGAUAAGGAGAUGACUCUUGAAGAGUAUGAGAAGGUGCUGGAAGAGAAGAGGAAGGCCCUGCUGGCACUUAAGACAGAGGAAAGAAAGGUGGAUGCUAAAGAGUUUCAAUCCAUGCAGCAGCUUUCAAGCAAGAAGGAAAACAACGAUAUCUUUAUUAAAUUGGGUUCUGACAAGGAUAAGCGGAAAGAGGCUUAUGAGAAGGAUGAGAAAGCUAAGAAGUCUGUCAGCAUUAAUGAAUUCUUGAAGCCUGCUGAAGGGGAAAGGUACUAUGGCUCAGGUGGUCGUAGCCGUGGCCGUGGCCGUGGAGCUAGAGGAUUUGGCAAUAGAGAUGGAAUGAGCAACGUGCAAGCCCCUUCGAUUGAAGAUCCUGGACAAUUCCCAACAUUGGGUGGCAAAUGA